UAAUGAAUUAUAAUGAUAUAUGCAGGGACUGUUAAGAGUAACAAGUGAAAAAGAAAUUGAGGUACUUGCAACUGAGAUUGAUGGCUUAAAAUUCAAAUUAACAGAUGGUGUUGAUAUAGCACAUGAUGGCACUAUUUAUUUCACUGAUGCUUCACAUAAAUACUCAGUCAAGGAUUCUCUCCUAGAUAUAAUGGAAGGGAACCCUAAUGGUAGGUUUUUGAGCUAUAAUCCAACAACAAAAAAGACAACACUAUUAGCCAGUGACCUCUAUUUUCCUAAUGGCGUUGCAGUCUCACCAGAUCAACAUUUUGUGGUGUUUUGUGAAACUGUCUUGAUGAAUUGCAAGAAAUAUUACAUAGAGGGUCCAAAAAAAGGAAGCAUUGAAAAGUUUUGUGACCUCCCUGGCAUGCCUGAUAACAUUCAUUAUGAUGGACAAGGACAAUAUUUGAUAGGAAUAGCCACGGCUUCUUCUCCUGAACUGGAUAUAUUACUUAAAUACCCCUUCAUUAGGAAGGUUUUGGCACUUAUCACAAAACAUGUAUCAAGUCUGAAUGUGGCAAAGAAUGGAGGAAUUAUCACUGUGGAUUUGGAAGGAAAACCAACUUCACACUAUUAUGAUCCCAAAUUAUCAUUGACCGCUGGGAUUAAGAUUGGGAAUCACAUAUAUUGUGGCUCUAUUCUAUACUCUUUUAUAAUACGUCUUGAUAUUGAAAAGUACCCUGCUCUCCCCCACAAUUAAUUAAACAAAAAAUAGAUUAUCAUAAGGUUAUAUUAUGGUAUACAAAUAGAUUUUAAGUUUCUGUAUAGACUCAUGGUGGUGUCAUCAAUAUGGAUUUUAGCUUGUAGAGUUUAGAAUGAAAUAUACCAUUGGUUGGGAACUGAUACUAUUCUGAGCAAUGUUGGAUGGACUCA